UACCAUUUAAUCAGGAAUGAAAUGUUCUGAGAGCUAAGAGCAGAAGCCUGUUUGGUCAACAUGGAAGACAAAAGACGGCGAGCCCGGGUGCAGGGAGCCUGGGCUGGCCCUGCCAAGAGCCAGGCCACCGCUCAGCCAGCCACCACUGCUAAGAGCCAUCUCCACCGGAGGCCUGGUCAGACCUGGACAAACAAGGAGCCUCAUCUUUUGGACAGACAGUUUGUGUUCAGGGAACCCCAGGAGGUAGUACGCAGAGCCCCAGAGCCACGAGUGGUUGACAAAGGAGGGGUGUAUGAUCUCAGCGUGUCACCUGCAGGCGUGUCUAGACUGGCCGCGGUGAACGAAAACAAUGGUAUCAGAAAACAUUCCAGAAAGAGAGACCGCGUGGCAAGCAGGGCAAUCUCAGACGUGUGCUCACCCUCUCUGAGGCCGGUCCUCUGUUUCCAGGGAACAACCUCGCAAAGUUGUUCCAAUACACAGUCGGCUUCUCUGAGGUCGACGAAGCCGGGAUACAAACACACCCUGGAUGAAGAAAGAACCAUUAUUCGCCAAAGAACACAGAAAAGACAGUACCUUGAUAAAAUGGUAGAGGUCAGCUUGCCUCAAAACAGAAAUAAUGGGCAGAAAUUGAACUAUCCCUGUUGCUUUGGUUGUUGCAUUCCAAGUGUGUUUGGCUUAUUCCAUGCCCCUGUUGAUAACAAGACUGACUCCGCACUUCCUGUUUCACAUGUGGCUCCCACCUGUGUCUCCUGCGGACUGUGUCCGCCCCUUCUCUUGGCCUGCGGACCGCAGUGGCAUCCCGUGCUGCUCACGCUGAAGGACCAGAUUGAAAAGAACACCGGCCACACCUUCAACUCCUUGCUCUGCAACCUUUACCGAAAUGAGAAAGACAGUGUCGACUGGCACAGUGAUGAUGAGCCGUCGCUAGGGAGAUGUCCCGUCAUUGCUUCGCUGAGUUUUGGUGCCACACGCACUUUUGAGAUGAGAAGGAAGCCCCCACCAGAAGAGAAUGGCGACUACACCUAUGUGGAAAGAGUGAAGAUACCCUUGGAUCACGGGACCUUGUUAAUCAUGGAAGGAGCGACGCAAGCUGACUGGCAGCAUCGAGUGCCCAAAGAGUACCACUCCAGAGAACCGAGAAUAAACCUGACCUUCCGGACGGUUUACCCGGACCCCAGAGGGGCGCGCUGGUGACGGGCGGUCUUGGCGUGGAGCUGGGCUGAGACCGAGCUGAGACUCCCGCCCCGAAGAGACUUCCAGAGGCUGGUCCGGCUGCUCUCUCGGGGCAGCUGCUCGGAGGGUGAGGGUGUGGGUUGCUUCCCAGCUCAGAGUCCUGUUAAACGACAGCCAGCAGCCCCCCUUCACAGGACGUGUACCAGGGGGACGGUGCUCCCUGAUCACGUCUCGAAAUCGUAUACGACAUGUUCUGUAGGCAAAUUAAAAACUGCUGUGGCCGUGCCCACGGGUGAUUCUGUC